AUGGCGGUUAACGUCAGCGUGAAGGAGUCAACAGUGGUGAGGCCAGCGGCGGAGACACCCCGGCAGUCAUUGUGGCUCUCGAACAUGGACUUGGUGCAGACUAGCACUCACACUCCUAGUAUUUACAUCUACAAACCAAAGGACGUCGACGUUGGUGCAGACAAGGACAAUAGUUUCUUUGGCAAGCAUGUCUUGAAGGACGCCCUCGGCAAGGCCCUCGUGCCCUUUUACCCCCUGGCCGGCCGCCUGAAGCGAAAUAUGGAUGACGGCGAUAAUGGUCGGCUAGAGAUAGAUUGCAAUGCCGAGGGAGCCUUGUUUGUUGUGGCUAAUAGCAGCUCUUGCAUCGACGACUUCGGAGACUUUGCACCUAGUUCAGAGUUUGGGAGAGGGAUCCUACCCUCCGUUGAUUAUUCAGGCGGGAUAUCUUCUUAUCCUCUGCUGCUGGUUCAGAUCACAUACCUCAAAUGCGGUGGAGUGGCACUAGGUGUUCUCCUAGACCAUCACUUAGCAGAUGGGUUAUCUGCUCUUCACUUUAUAAAUACAUGGUCUGAUAUAGCUCGUGGUGUAGACAAUGCAAUCCCACCAACGAUCGACAGAACACUACUUCGUGCUCGAGAUCAGCCUCGGACUUUACUUGACCACAAUCACCACAUUGUAUACCAACCUUGGAUUGACCAUCAAAGCACCGGGGAAGAAACAGUAGUUUCGGUAUUUACAUUUACUAGGGAGAAGAUCAACAUCUUGAAAGCUAUGUUGACCAUGACCAACGAGGAAGACAAUGAGAACUUGAAACCAGUCAAGUUUAGCACAUUUGAGGUGUUUUCAGCUCAUGUAUGGAGAUGUGCCUGCAAGGCACGAGAACUAGCUAAUGAUCAAGAAACAACCUUUUACUUUGCUGUAAACGGAAGGACCAGACUGCAACCCCCACUCCCACCUGGUUACUUCGGUAAUGUGAUUUUCAGAGCGGCAGCAACAGCCAUAGCAGGGGAUCUCAUAUCAAAACCAGUAUCGUAUGCCGCAAGCUGCAUUCACAAUGCUGUGGUGCGUAUGGACGAUGAUUAUCUUCGAUCCGCACUCGACUAUCUUGAACUUCAGCAGCGUCAUCUGGAUCUUGUAAGCCUUGCUCAUGGAACUCAUGUUAGGUGCCCUAAUCUUGGGAUAACUAGCUGGUUUCAACUGCCCCUCUAUGAUGCUGACUUUGGUUGGGGGCGACCUAUUUUCAUGGGUCGUGCUGGAAUUCCAAGUGAAGGGAAGGCUUACAUGAUUCCGAGUGCAACUAAUGAUGGGAGUUUAUCGCUGUGCAUUAAUCUGGAUUAUCGCCAUAUGAAAGCUUUUUCCAAGUUGGUUUAUGAGAUAUGA